CUUAUAUACCAUAUUAAGAUGAAAAGUUUAACGAGCCUUUUUUUCAUCCUUGCUUUAUUUUCCGCUCUAAUUUAUAUUUAGCACCGAUGCGUUAUAACCGACUGACGUCAUUCGUUGACAGCGCUUUCUUAAAUUCAGUACGGGGGUUGUUUUCUUGCGAUACAAAUAUAUAAUACGGAACAACCACUUGCGAGUUGUGAGUGUAUACUGUACAGUUAACAGUAGUCAAUACAAAAAAGAUCACUGCGCACAAUGCACUGCGCCUGUACAGCAGAAGCUUUCUGCAACGCCAAUGUCAAACCGCAUCCCACAGCAGCGGUAAAUGUCAAUGGCUCUGUUAUUGUUUUCUAGAGGUUAUCCUCGCAGAGCUUUUGUAUAAACACGAUUUUGACGCGCUUCGUUGUACACGUAAAUACUGAACGUUGAGAAAAAAUAGUGAUUAUUCUAAACGUCAAGCAUGUCGAACGCGUACGGCACCACUAAUUACAGUGGAACCUACCGAAAUAAGGAUUAUCAAGAGAACCUUUUGUACAAGAAGAAACUGAAGCGAUUGAAAAAAUGGAUAAAAAAUCUAGUGUUUGAAAAUUCAGCUCUCUGUGAUCAAGUUGCAGACAUGCAAAACAGUCUUGCUGUUAGCAAAGAAGAACGCUUAAUGUUAGUAAAAAAACUUAAUUUAUUUCAAGGAGAAAUUGAACCUCCUACUUUGACCACUAAAACACAAAUUGGAAACUCCAAUUCACCUGUGCCUCCUAUUGAAAUCAGUACCCCUAAGAAAAUUGUAAAAAAACGAACUCCAACAGAAGUAUCAGAAGCUAAGCAAAAACCAAAGAAAAAUAGCAAGACAGCACGAAAAGUUGUCCAACUAAUACCAUUAGAUGUUCAUGGCAGACCAAUAUUUCCUAUAUCCUUAGGCGAUCUAACGGUGUUUUCUUUGGGAGAUGUUGUAGCUGAUAAACCAGCUUAUCAUACAGAAGAUCUCAUAUUUCCAAUAGGUUAUUGCAGUACUCGAGCUUAUGCUAGUCUUAAAGAUGCUAGAGUUAAAAGUUUAUAUACUUGUAAAAUUUUAGAUGGAGGAUUUAAACCAAGGUUUGAAAUUGUUUCGGAUAGUGAUUUAGAUCAACCUUUAGUUGGAUCUACUCCUGAUGAAUGUCAUUGGAGAUUAUUAUCAGCUAUUUCGCCUAGCUUAAGUUCUAUAACUCCUAAAGGAGCAGAUUUUUUUGGCAUUUCUCAUCCAACUAUUCAAAAUCUUAUUCAAAGUUCACCAGGGACUCGAAAAUUAGCAAAUUAUAAGCAACAAAAAUUUGCAAUUAAAAAAAGCUUGUCAGACAGAGACACAAGUCCUGCAACUGAGGAAGAAAACGAUCCAAGCCUAGAUUUUACAGCCUUACACCGGCAUUACUCUCUAACUUCUGUAUAUCCUGCUAUUAAACAAGAAAUUCCUAAUGACAUAAUACAUUUUCAAGGACUUCUUUCUUAAUGAUUGCUUAAACAAAUUAUGAAAUUCUAAAACGAAAUUUAAUUUUAAGGAUUGAGUAUGUACAUAAUGAGAAAUUAACUUUUUCAAGUAUAAUUAGUGUAAAAAAUGUUUAUUCAAUUAAAUAGAUCAUACAAAAAAUUCUUG